AUGAUUCUGUCCGCGUAUUUGACGGUGGCCUUCGGUAGCCUUGUGGCUACCGCUGCCCUGAUUCCUCGUGUCCCCUCCGGCUCACCCGAGCGACCUGUCGUCGUUACGUCUGACUUGCCUAUCCCUGUCGCCCCUUCCGCUCCUGAGAAGACCGUCCGUCAAGAUAGUCAAGAUGCCGAGGACAAUGCCAUGGAUGCCAUGUACGCCGAUGCCAUGUACGCCGAUGCCGAUUUCAAAGCCACUGAAAAGGACCGCCACCCUUCCCAGAAGUACAGCGAGUUCAUCCUCAAUGAGGACUUGAAGGGUUGCAUCAGCCGGUACGGCUCUGACCCUGCCAAAAUCUCUGGCCAGUCCUCCAUUAGCGGAACUAUCAUUACCAACGUCAGAUAUUUCCAAUGCAACCAAGCACUCAUUAAAUGCAACAACGACGCUUUGGAGGCCCAGGCACAAUUCAUUCCGGGAUGGCCAGCACACCUCAACGAUCCCUCGCCUGUUAUGAGGACCACAUCCGUCGAACGUGGUAUGAUCAAGUGUAACCGAAUAGCUUCCAACAACCAAGAUCCAGUCUGGCCUGACUCCAACAUGAACAAAGAGACUUUUGAGCUUCGCGGUACAGUGGCAAUGUGCAACGUGCCGCUUAUUGCCUGCCUUGAGACUGUCCAGGACACGUGGGAAGAGUUGAAAAUCAAGUGGGAUAUGGCUUAUCCUUACUGA